AUGCGCCAUCCCGCGUUGCCGGUUGCUCGUGCACUCCAUCUGGGACUGGGAGCCCCAGAGGUGCUAUAUCGCCUCUACGGCGUGGGCGGGGAACGCGCGCUGGAUCCGGCCUUCUUACAGGCUCUGGCGCCGGAGGGGUUUAAUAAUAUGAUCUGCCCAAAGUGCAACGAUGUUGUUGAGGAUUUUGUGUUGUGCAAUAAGUGUGGUGGACAGUACCACUAUGUUUGUGCCGGGGUUUCGGAGCUUAGCUACAGAAAAAUGGGAGUGGAAAAAAAAGCCGGCUGGCGGUGCAUUACUUGCCGUUCACCUCAACUCACGGAGACACACCCCUCUUUGUCAGACGUGUUAAAAGAGAUAAAAAGUUUUCGUAACGAUUUUAGCACGAUGAAGGUAGAAUUUACUAACAUAAAAUCUGAUAUUCAAUGCACCAUGCAACAUAUAAAAGAAUUGAGCAGCAAACUUGACACAAUGGAAGGUCGAUUUAUUGAAUUCGAUCGUAGAUUGACCUCUUCAGAGCAAAAACUAUCUACGUUAUCCAUUGUGCAAAAAGACUUAUUAUCGACACAAAAAACUAUAGCUGAAUUAAAAGCGCAAAAUAAUUCACACGAUCAAUAUUCGCGACAGAACAACAUAGAAAUUUCCGGUAUACCGACAAAGAAAGGUGAAAACGUCUAUACAAUAUUAAAUGACUUAUGCGCAACUGUGGGUUUUCAACUGAGCGAUCAUGAUAUCGAUUCUAUACAUCGAGUUCGUCCAUACCCAUCGAGUAGGACGGAAAGCAACAAUGAACCUACUCGGCCGGCGUCUAUUAUAGUGCGGUUUUGCCAGCGGCGGCGCAAGGAUCAGCUGAUCGCAGCCGUGCGCGCGCGCCGCGGCCUCACCACCGCACACAUCGGACUGCCCGGCCCGGCGAGCACCGUGUACAUUGGUGAUCACCUCACUCCAACGAACAAACUACUACUAAAGCGAGCACGCGAACUUAAACUCGAAAAAAACUAUUCAUACUUGCAAGAUAGGAAAUCCACAGACGGGCAGGGCGCGCGGGGCGGCGGCGUGCUCAUAGCGGCACGACGCGAACUGCGCGCGCGGCCCCGGCCCGAGUGGCGCUCGAGGCCCGCCGCCGAGGAGCUAUGGGUGACGCUCGAGCUUGACGCCGCCACGACCGCUGCGGUGGGGGCCGCGCGCCCCUCCCGCCCCGCGCCCCGACCCUGUCGCGCCGCUAACGCUUCCUCCAACUUGCAUGUAGCUUGCUGUUACUUCCCGCACGGUAACAAUCAUUCUGAAUCUUUACAAAACUUUUACGACAACACAUUUGACAUUUUGCAAAAUAAUCUAAAUGAUAAUUUUCUAAUACUUGGAGAUUUCAAUAUUUCUAACGCUAGUUGGGAUAGCUUUAACGAUUCGACUCAAUCAUUUAAACUAAGUACAAAUAGCGACGGCUUAGCGGGGGACUUGUGCGAUUUUAUGAAUUUAUCCAAUUUUAGGCAAUACAAUGGCUGUGUAAAUAGCAACGGACGAGUUUUAGACUUAGUACUUAGUAGCGAUAAGUGCACUGUGUCCAAUUCUACCACACCGUUAACCCCAGAGGAUGCGCAUCAUAAAUCUUUAGAUAUAACUCUCAAUCUACAAACGCAUGCUUUUAUACAAAACGUAAAAACGCGUCUCAAACUAAUUUAUCAUGCGGCUGAUUUUAAAGCGAUUGGCAAAGAAAUAUCGCGAGUCAAUUGGAUUGCUGAUCUAGCCACCUUAAAUACCGAAGAAUCCUUAACUGUUUUGCGCAAUUUAGUCACGCUACUUAGUCCAUUUAAAAUAGUAACAGAAGAUUUGAGUGCCGAGAAAUAUGUCACAGCUAGUUUAGUUAUACCACUAACAAAUUUAUUAAAACAAGAAAUCGAACAAACUAAGCCAUCAACUGCUAUUGGAGUGUCAGUACAAAAUGAUUUAUUGAAUGAACACAAAAUAAGAGGAAAUCGUUCACCUACAGUAGGCGCUUCUCCACGUGGAGAAAAAGAAACAACUUCAUCCUCAUGGGAUAGACAUGAAGAUAUGCUCUUGAAAAAUAUGACCAAUGCCAAUGAAGUUUCUGGUAGAAGUUUUGGAUCCAAUGAGAUUCCACUAGAAGUUAAGGUGUUGUGCGCAGUUAGUUUCCUGGCUACAGGGUCCUAUCAACGAAUUGUUGGUAUUACUCACAAUCUUCCUCAACGCACAACUAGUCGCUGCAUCCGACAAGUAGUCGAUGCUUUGAACCACCCCGCUAUUAUGGCAAAAUGGAUUGUGUUUCCGAAAACAAGGCAAGACAGAGGACAUGUAAAACAAGAGUUUCAGAGUAGAUUUGGUCUGCCUGGUGUAAUCGGGUGCAUAGAUUGCACCCAUGUGGCUUUAGUUAAGCCCAAUGAUGAAGAACAUGUUUUUUAUAACAGAAAAGGGUAUCAUUCAUUAAAUGUUCAAAUGAUUUGUGACAGUCAUCUUCGCAUCACAAAUGUGAAUGCAAAGUUGGGUGGAGCUACACACGAUUCACAUAUAUGGUCAUCUAGUAAAGCUGAAUCAUACAUGCGUGAACUUCAUCAAAAUAAUGAACAAGUAUGGUUAUUAGGUGAUUCUGGAUAUCCACAACGCCCUUGGCUUAUGACUCCCAUCCUCAAUGCAGUUCCAGUUAUUAUA